AUGCCACCCUGGCUGCUGCAUCUGAAAUCAAAGAUUGUGGAGCGAGUCGUGAAUGCCCAAAUUGCCAUUAUCGAAUUGAUAAUAGUGAUACAAGCUCUGAUUGUUCUUGGUGCUGAAGAAGCUAAUUGCAAGGGUCCCUAUUUGUUCAUAGCUCCCAAUGUCAUCUCCUCAGAAGACAAUGAGCAUACUAUUGAAGAAGAUGAGGGCCUUAUAACUAAAGAAGAGAGAGAAGAACUGCCCGCUUUACAAAAUGAAAUUGAUCUAUCUGUUGAGGAGCUACUUAAACACUAUGCUGCAGAGGAAGUUAUCAAAGAAAAUAGACCAGAGAAUAUUGUACCUCGAGCAAUUGAGGUAAAGGAAGAUAAUGUCGAUUUACCUGGAGCAAAUGAGUCUAGACAAGAGAAUGGUGAUUUACCUGGAGCUACUGAGGCAAGAGAAGACAAAGAUCACUCACCUGGAGCAACUGAAUCAAGAGAUGAUAAUGGUUAG